CUCUUCUUGGCCUGCCUGGCAGGAGGACCCCAGGCCUGCUGACCCACCUGCUUAGGAUCGCCAGUCAAGCUCUGGGUCAACGUGGAGGUGCCCAGCCACCAUGCUCAGUCUCAAGCUACCCCAGCUCCUUCGAGUCCACCAGGUCCCCCGGGUGUUCUGGGAAGACGGCAUCAUGUCUGGCUACCGCCGUCCCACCAGCUCGGCCUUGGACUGUGUCCUCAGUUCCUUCCAGAUGACCAACGAGACUGUCAACAUCUGGACUCACUUUCUACCCACCUGGUAUUUCCUGUGGCGCCUACUGGUGCUCGCGGGGGACCCGGGCUUCUGGGCGGAGCCCUACCACUGGCCGCUGCUCGUCUUCCUGCUGCCCGCCUGCCUGUACCCUUUCACUUCGUGUUGUGCGCACACCUUCAGCUCCAUGUCGCCCCGCGCGCGGCACAUCUGCUACUUCCUGGACUAUGGCGCGCUCAGCCUCUACAGCCUGGGCUGCGCCUUCCCCUAUGCUGCCUACUCCAUGCCGGCCUCCUGGCUGCACAGUCGCCUGCACCGGCUCUUCGUGCCUGCCGCCGCACUCAAUUCCUUCCUGUGCACUGGCCUCUCCUGCUACUCGCGGUUCCCUGAGCUGGAAAGCCCUGGGCUUAGUAAGAUCCUCCGUACGGGCGCCUUCGCCUACCCCUUCCUGUUUGACAACCUUCCACUCUUCUACCGGCUGGGACUGUGCUGGGACAGGGGCCACAGCUGUGGGCAGGAGGCACUGAGCACCAGCCAUGGCUACCACCUCUUGUGCGCACUGCUCACUGGUUUUCUCUUCGCCUCUCACCUGCCUGAGCGGCUGGCACCGGGACGCUUUGACUACAUCGGCCACAGCCAUCAGCUGUUCCACAUUUGUGCGGUACUGGGCACCCACUUCCAACUGGAGGCGGUGCUGACUGAUAUGGGAUCUCGCCGAGCCUGGCUGGCCACGCAGGACCCCCACCUGGGCCUGGCAGGCACAGUGGCCACACUCGGCUUGGCAGUGGCUGGGAACCUGCUCAUCAUUGCUGCCUUCACAGCCUCCCUAUUCCGGGCCCCCAGUGCUUGCCCCCUGCUGCAGGGUGGCCCACUGGAGGGGCAUACAAAUGCCAAAUAACAGUGAGUGAGGCCUCAUCACUGAGCCUGUCCCUGGAAGGAGGCAAAGGCCAGGCCUUGGUGUUGGGGAGUAGCCCAGACCCAGAGCUGAAAAAGUGGGAGCACAUUGGAGCCUGGAACCAAGAGGGACUGAGGGGAGAGUGCAAAGGAUAAAAGGCAGAGGAGGGGGAGGUGCUGGUGGAGCUGGCAAAGAGCAGGGGGUCUGUGGGGGUGCCCUUGAUGGGGCUUGAGGAAGUGCUGAAGGUCUGAGAGUGGAGGUGACUGUGUUCAGGCUGGAGAGCCCCCAACCCAGCAGAGGCUGGGAUGGGGGUGGGUGUUGGGGCCCUUUCAUCUGGUCCUGUUUCUGGUGCUCCUGGAAGUCUCUGCCCAGCCAAGGAAGAACUAACAUGACCAGCCUAGGCCUACCCUGAACGCUUGUCAGCCAGGCCAGCAGGCCCACUACUGUCCCCCUCCCAAACCAGGCAGUGCCUACUGCUCUCCUUGCCUGUAGCAAUGAGUCUGUCCUGGCCACAGUCAUGUACUCAGAGUGCCCAGGCCUUUGGGGUCUGGAUCUAUUUGGGUGUGUCAUCAUGGAUGGUGCAGUGGGCUAGGGUGAGGGGAGGGUGCUGGGUCAGAGGGGAACCCUGGUUAGACUUUAGAAAGCCACCUUCAAUGAUUCUG